AUGGCAUGUUGGAUAUUGUCAGCGUGUAAAUUUUUAAAUGUGUGUGCUACUAAUUCUCUUUGCUUUUUCUGGCAGUUGAUUGCACUCUGCUGGUUCAGCGAAAAUAGACAGAACAUGUUCAGUCAUAAUUUUCGAUCCUCAACCAUCUGGCAGUUGGUUGGCGUGAUUAGCUCUUACUCAAGACAUACUUUGACUGAAACCCGAGUUUCAUUAACUUCAUCUUUACAAUAUCUACACAAACAUACAGACGCGCAUAAACAGAAUGCCUAA